AUGGUGCAGCCGAGUGUGGUGAGCGCUGGGGUGGCUGGCACAUCCCGCCCACGACAAUCAUCCUCGUCUGCCUUCCGUCCGCGCAUGAUGUCGCGGAGCUCCCAAGGCUCGUUUCACGCCGGCGAUAUUUUCCCAUCUUUUGACAAAAACACGUCGCUCCUCAAGAGACAGAAACAAGCGGCGACAGCACCGACAACACUUUCACCACCAAACGAACGCGGCGUUGGAGGCGAUGGUCACCAUGCCGCCCAACGGGGCCACGAUACCCGGUCGACUUCCCGCCCGCCCUCCGACCGCUCGCAUUCUCACAGUCCCGGCGGCCAACAUAACGCGACUCCGCUACCCGUCCGCCAGCUCGGCCUCCUCGCCCUCCUGAGUCUAGCCGAGCAGACAGCCCUCAACUCCAUUGGUCCCUACCUGCCCACUAUGGUUGAGUCCUUUGACGAGGUGCCCGAAAACGAGAUGGGCCUGUACGUCGGCAUACUCGCAUCGACGUUUGCGCUCGCCCAGCUGGCCACAAACCUGUUCUGGGGCUACCUGUCGGAUGCCAUUGGCCGCAAACCCGUGAUGCUCUUGGGCUCGUUCCUGCUCAUGCUCUGCUUCUGCGCGUUUGGUUUCUGCACCCGCUACUGGCAGGUCGUCGUCGUCCACGUCGCCAUGGGCCUGCUGAACGGCAAUGCGGCUGUGGUGCCGACAUGCCUGGGCGAGGUCACUGACCGCACGAACCAGAGCAGCGCCUUCACAUGGCUGCCCGUCGUUUACUCACUAGGCUCGAUCACAGGUCCCGCGCUGGGCGGCCUGUUGGUGGGUGUGCUGCCUGGCGACUCCUACCCCUUCUUGGCGCCCAACCUGAUGAGUGCCGUCCUGCUGGGACUGGCCGUUGUGGUACUGGCCAUCUGGUUUGACGAGACACUGGACAGGUGCGACCGGCGCACCCUGCCGGCGGGGCUGAUGUGGAUCGACGAGCUGUGGUCGUGGUGCUGCUCCUUGACGUCGCCGGAGAAUGGCAAGUCGUCGGAGGCAAGUACGCCUGCGAGUGCCAACGCCGGUUCUCCAGACAACUCUUCCAACGAGACAAGCCCACUGCUCGGGAGCAGUGGCCGCGGCUCGGAGGACGCGACACAGGGCGGCGACGACAGCGACGACAACAGCAACACGGUCGCCAAGCUGCCGCUUAGCAGCAAAAAGACUGACCUCCUCAAGCAGCUGCUCAACCACAAGACCGUGCUGCUGCUCCUGACGUACCUCGUCUUCCAGCUCUCCAACAUUAGCUUCAACAGCUUGUACCCCAUAUUCUCGUCUGCACCGCUGCCUACGGGCCGAGACCUGCCGCCCGGCAUGAUCGGUCUGCUGUUGUCCUUUGCCGGCGCUGCCACCAUUGUCUUCCAGAUCACCGCGUUCCAGCCACUGAAAGUCAAGCUUGGCAACCUCGGCACCUAUCGCGUGGCCCUUUUUGGUCUGGCUGUGAGCAUGCUCGUCAUGCCGUGGGUGCCGCCCAGUCCUGACGAAGGCAAGGAGUGGCAGCUGCACGUCCAAAUCGGCGCCGUACUUGUCUUCAAGAACAUUUGUGCCGUCGGCGGCCUGUCCAGCGUCAUGCUGCUCAUCAACAACUCGGCGCCGUCGCAUGAGACUCUGGGCACCCUCAAUGGCAUUGCCCAGACCCUCUCGGCUGCCGGCCGCAGCAUCGGUCCGUUCUUGUCGGGCGCCUUGUUCUCGCUCUCCACACGCAUCCAGCGCCCUGCACGCGGCGAGCUGUUGGCAUGGUAUAUUUUUGGCGGUGUGGCCGGUCUCGGCUGGCUGCUGAGUCUGGUGAUCAGUGGUCGCGGGCUGGAGAGUGCUGACUGGGAGGGCCACGCGGAGGAUGGGGACGAUAACGACGAUGACGAUGAGGCAGACCACGAAUCGCCAUGA